AUGCCGUUAGCGGUCCGUGGCGGAUGUCAGGACCGGCUGUCUCCUCUGAGGAUGUCGCUUAUGUAUGCGAUGAUCGACGGCAGAUGGCUGACGGGCCGGUCGGCCUGCAGGACCGGUACCAGCCGUGAUGGGACGGUAAGGCUCGGUGCUGGAGGCUGGACCCCUUUGGACUCAGACCGCUACCAGUGGCUGCAGAUAGACCUGGGCUCCAGGAAGCAGGUGGUUUCCAUAGCAACCCAGGGCCGCUACAGGAGCUCCGAUUGGACGAGUCAGUACCAGCUGCUGUACAGUGAUACACCCAACAACUGGAGGCCCUACUUGAAGAACGGAAACAUUUGGACCUUCAGGGGGAAUAAUAACAGCGAAGAAGUUGUUCGGGAAGAGUUCCAGCAUCCCAUAGUGGCUCGCUACGUCCGCUUCGUCCCGCUGCACUGGAGCCUGAGGGGGCGAGCUGGAGUCCGUCUGGAUCUGUACGGCUGCUCCUACUGGGCUGACGUCAUCAGCUUCGAUGGCCACAGCAUCAUCUCCUAUCGCUUCAGGAGCAAAAAGAUGAAAACUGUGCGGGAUGUUAUUUCUCUGAAGUUUAAAACCACGGCCAGGGAUGGGGUGCUGCUGUAUGGGGAGGGACAGCAGGGAGACUUCAUUUCCCUGGAGCUCCGCAGGGCUGCGCUGGAGCUGAGCAUCAACCUGGGGAGCAGUCAGUACAAUCUGAUCGAGGGUCAGACCUCUGUGAGCAGUGGGAGUCUAUUGGAUGACGGUCACUGGCACUCGGUUGUCAUGGAGCGUCACCGUAGAAACAUCAACUUCACCCUGGACCACCACACCCAUCAGUUCAGGACCAAUGGGGAGUUUGAGCACCUGGACCUGGACUAUGAGCUGUCCAUCGGAGGACUUUCUGAAUCAGCCAAAGCUGCUGUGGGUGGGAAGCAGAACUUCGUCGGCUGCAUGGAAGGAAUCACCUACAACCAGGAGAACAUCACCAGCCUGGUGCGCAGGAGGAAGGUGGACACCUCCAGCUUCCGGAACCUGACGUUCACCUGUGCCGAGUCCACCUACUUCCCCGUCUACUUUAAUUGGUCGUCCUUCCUGCGGCUGCCGGGUCAGAGGGACAGCGACACGCUCUCAGUUAGCCUGUCCUUCAGGACGUGGAACCCCAACGGGGUGCUGAUGUUCACCCAGCUGGCCGAGGGGUGGCUGGAGCUGGGGCUGAUGGAGGGCAAGGUGACGGUCUACAUAAACGUGACCCAGAAGAGGAGCACCAGGGUGGACAUUUCAUCAGGUUUAGGUCUGAACGACGGCCAAUGGCACAGCGUCCAUUUGAACGCUCUGGACAACUACGCCAUGCUGACAGUGGAUGGGGACGAGGCGUCCACCGUGAGGACGGCCAUUCCUGCCCAGAUCAAGACCGGAGGAACCUACUACUUUGGAGGCUUCUUCGCCGCGGCUAACGGCGGCUCGCUGCAGCGCUCCUUCCAGGGCUGCAUCCAGAUGAUCCACAUUGAUGACCACCUGGUGGACCUGCGGGCCGUGGAGGAAGGUCACCUGGGAACCUUUGAAAACGUUAGCUUGGACAUGUGUGCUAUCAUAGACAGAUGCGUGCCCAACCACUGUGAACAUGGUGGGAGAUGCUCCCAGACGUGGGAGACCUUCAGCUGUAACUGCAGUGGGACCGGCUACACCGGAGCAACAUGCCACACCUCCCUGUAUCAGCAGUCCUGUGAGGAGUACCGGCAUCAGGGGAAGAGCUCGGGCCUCUACUGGAUCGACCCUGAUGGCAGUGGCCCCAUGGCCCCCCUCAGGGUCCACUGUGACAUGACAGAAGCAGCGGUUUGGAGCACGCUGAAGAACAACCUGCCUCCUCAGACGUCCGUCUCUGCUGUAGAGAGGAACGGGAAAGCGGCGCUUCAGAUCCUUUACAACGCCACUGAAGAUCAGGUGGCGUCGCUGACCAGCAGAGCAGAACGCUGUGAGCAGUUUGUGUCGUAUUCCUGCAGAAUGUCUCGCCUGCUCGGCGGUCCAGAUGGCGCUCCAUUCACCUGGUGGGUGGGACGAGACAACAAGCGGCAUUUCUACUGGGGGGGCUCGGGGCCUGGGAUACAGAAGUGUGCCUGUGGAAUAGGAAACAACUGCACAGAUGCCAAACACCACUGCAACUGCGACGCUGACCUGCGCAGCUGGAAGGAGGACGCAGGCCUGCUGGUGUAUAAGGAGCAUUUACCAGUCAGCAAGGUCGUGGUCGGUGAUGCAAGCAGAGCUGGAUCUGAAGCCAAACUGACUGUUGGGCCUCUCAGAUGCCAGGGGGACCGCAACUUCUGGAAUGCUGCCUCCUUCACCAGCCCCGCCUCCUCGCUGCACUUCAAGUCCUUUCGAAGUGAAAGCAGCACCGACAUCUCCUUCUACUUUAAGACCUCCUCCAGUCAUGGAGUCCUCCUGGAGAAUCUAGGAGCAGAAAACUUCCUUCAUAUUGAAAUCAGAGGAAGCUCAAUGCUGGUAUUAUCCUUUGAGUUUGGGGGAAAGCAAAUGGAGCUGACGGUCCAUUCACCAAACCCUCUGAAUGAUGACCAGUGGCACCGUGUGGAGGCUGAGAAGAACAUCAAAGAAGCUGUGCUCCAACUGGACGGUCAGUACAGAGAGGUCAAAGCAACGCCGGCGCUGGGACACACUCAGCUGGAGGUCUACACUGAUCUAUACGUUGGUGCUCUGAACGGUCAGAGGGGCUUCCUCGGCUGCAUGAGGGCUCUGAAGAUAAAUGGCGUCCUCUUGGACCUGGAGAACAGGGCUGAGGUGACUCCAGGGGUGAAGCCUGGCUGCCAGGGCCACUGCAGCAGCUACAGGAUGCAAUGCAGGAACGGAGGGAAGUGUGUGGAGCGAUAUAACGGAUUCUCCUGUGAUUGCUCUCUCACUGCCUACGAUGGACCCUUCUGCACCGACGAUGUUGGAGGCUAUUUUGAAGCAGGAACCCUGGUGCGUUACGAUUUCCUGUCCGAUCAUGGUGCAUCCCCACAGGGGGACCUAAAUGUUGGUCGUUUAGGUGAAGCCAACCUCACGCAGGAGGAGCUGGUCUUCAGCUUUAGCACGCACAGCGCUCCCAGCAUCCUGGUGUACAUCAGUUCAAGGUCUCGGGACUACAUGGCCGUGGUGCUGCGACACAAUGGCUCUCUCCAGGUCCGGUACAGCCUCGGCGGACUACCAGAACCUUACACCAUUGAUAUUGAUCAUCGCAACAUGGCCAAUGGACAGCCCCACUUCGUAAACAUUACCAGACGCUUGAGGGAGAUCCAUCUCCAGCUGGAUCACUACCCCAUGUCCACAUUCACCCUCCCAGAGGCUUCUGACGCACGCUUCCACCUGGUGAAAAGCAUCUUCCUUGGAAAGGUCUACGGUGAGUUUGCUGGUGAAACGAGUGAAGCUGGAUGGUUGAUGUUUAAUAUCUUAAAGCUUCUGUGAGCCUCUGCUUUGCUU